AUGGUCCACCUUCUCUUUUUUGUCCACCCCCUCCCCUCCACAUUUCCUCCUACAUUUCCUUCUUGCGCUGCUUUUGCCCUCUUUUUUAGAGAGAAACAAAUAGCCGAUGGUUUUGCUACUAAAAUAGAACUCGACGUACCGGAAAAACGGAAAUUGACAACAGUUACUGAUUUGGAAGAUGCGUUCCCCGAUUAUCUCGAAGCAGAAAUUGAUUCAACCGACCCGUUAGUGCCUGGACACAGCGAAUUAUUUGGAAAAAGAUUGCUUAUAAAAAAUUUUUUGUCCAAACCACUUCCGCCCUCCCUAGCAAAAUAUUAUCUUCCUUUGUCUCAAUUUACUAUUGAAGAGGAAGGACAACGAGAAAAUGUUCCGGGUGUUGUGCCAGUUAGACGGCAACAACCAACAGUUCAAACAACAAAUUUGUCAGGCUCUUCUCCUCGAAAAAAGUCACAACAGAAGCGAGUUUCCAACAACAAAGAAGCUUCCUCCUUCUUGUUGAAGCCUGAAAGGGAAGGUGGCGGCUAUGUUUCGGGAGUAUUGCCUUUAAUACGUCAAGUACAUUUUGAACGGACAAAUACUAUGAGUUCUCACGCAACUUUUGUAGUGGAAAAUAACAGCCGACGGCCACUAAUAGCUAAUGAUGGAUUUGAAAACGUAAUUGCUUCCCUCAAAGGAAAUGCUUUAAUAGAAGAGCAUUGCCAAAGAAUUGUUCAACAAAAUUUUCAGCAACUUAAAAUAUCUAAUGGAAACGAGGAUGUUGAAAUUCUUCAAAAUUCUUGUGAAAUGUUAAUUAUUGAAGAAUUACCCAGUAAUUUUGAAGAAGAAAUUAAUUUCCAAUCAACCUCCACUGAAAUUAAUUUUUUGGAUAAACAAAUUCAACAACAAAAUCGUCCCAACACAACAACAAUAAAAAAGGAAAUAACAAAAAUGUUUAGCAGUAAAUUGGGGGGAAGAACACAAAAUAAUCGAAAACAAGAUAAAAGACUUCAAAAAGAAGUUUUGGCUGAAAGAAUGGAAGAAAGUAUUGGAGGGAUUGGAGGGGGUGUAGAUGAAGUUAAAAGUGAAGAAAUGUAA